AUGCUAUUCAAAACCAUCGCUAUCAUUAUUAGUGCAAUUACCGUACCAUUGAGCACGUUCUCCGAGUUCGAUGCGAGACCCGAUCUAUUAAUUUGCAGUGUUCUGCACGAGAAAUGCGAAUGGAAGCAAAAUUGGAAACGCGCUGAUGGAAUCCGUCGCGACUUGUAUUUCGGUCAACCAAAAACCCAAUUCUACUAUUUCUGUCGUGAGAAUUCCACAGAGAAUUGCGAGAAAUGGGUCGACGAAAAUGGCUCCCAAAUUGAAGGGACCAGCGAGAUUGACGGCAUUGUGAACGGCUACUUUGUGAUACCGAAUAUGAGCCUAAACGUGACCGGUAGUUAUCGAAAAAUACCCGAGGAGAAGAGCGAUCUGAAACUGAUUAUCGAAUAG